ACAUCUGAUAACAAGAAACCGCGGAUGAUUUUCUCUAUUCCUUUUCAGUGGUGAAGGUGAAUUGAUUGAUGAUAAAUAAGCAGGUGAUUGACCGAUCUCUGAUGACUGACUGAUAAGUUUUUGGAUUUUGGCCCACCGAAAUUCCAUUGCACUGCGGGCGGAGUUGGAGUUCAAUCGUCGACUUGGCUACUCGUUCCCGACCGCAUGCCAUGCCAUAGCGAACUCUUCUUCAAGUGAACAGUAAACUUUCUCCAAGAAUUCUUUUGCAGCAAUGGAGGACAAUCAAAUUAGUGCCAUACUUCUGGAAAAUUUUACUUUGCUCUUUAAAUUUAUUAAACCAAGUAAAGAGCUUCAAACCUUGAUGAAAGUAGAAAUGUUCGAUAAACCUAACAAAAUUGCCAUGCUGCAAGCGUUGCACUAUUUAUUGCCAAUUUUUAAGCCAGCCGUUUUUAAAUCCAGAGAAAUCCACUGGCCCCUCUACAAUGCAAAGGAUGAGGCAGACUUUCGCUCUGGUGCCGUUAAAGUUCUAACGCAAUUCAAUUCAGGAAAACAACUAUUCAAGAUCCCGAAAACCAUUAAUUUCAUUUUGUCUUCUGCAAGAGGGGUUAAAGCAGUGGAUUUCUUGUUAGGCUUAACCACAGCUGCAUUGACUUUGACCCUUCAGAAAAACAGUAAAAGUGCGGCAGAAAUGUGUAAUAACUCAAAAACCUUAGAUCCUGUAGCCCAGCUAAAAAUGCAGGCAGAUUUUUGUCAAGAGCAAGAUUCUGAGGAUGCUAAAUUUGAAGAAUUCAUUUCUCAAUCAAAAAUUCAUGAAGAACAAACGCUUAAGAAAAUUGGGGAAUUAAAAGAUGAAAACCGAAAGUUGGUGGAGCAGCUAAGUCAAUAUGUCCUUCAAAAUGAAUGCUUUCCUAACAGUCAUAAAUAUUAUCUUAUGGAUCCGUCUAACAACGAAUGCAUUGAGAAGUUUUUGAAGGAACUGGGUGCUCUGGAAAAUGUUAACCUGAUUCAAUUCCAGAAAAUUCAAAAUUUCAAGCAAGCCAUGAACAAGCUUUCAGAGGCUCUUCAAAGCAUUGAUCUGUCAAAGAAAGACUCAAAUGUUUUUGACAGCCCUCAUGUUUACCCCAAAGAACUUGUAGAUAGCAUAAAUCAGAUGAUCUAUGAAGAAUGGCUGAAAAACAAAUGGACUCCCUGCGAAAACAGACAGCUUAAUUUAUUUGAGUAUAUGAAGGAAGUUAAUACUUUUUUCAAAGAACUUACAAGCUCUAUUCAACUCUCAUUUGAUGGAGCUGAUGGGGUCAGUUUAAAAGAAAAGUAUGAGCAGUCCAAAGAAGAACUAGAAAAACUACGCUCAAUGGCCACAAAUUUGUCAAAUUCAGAAGAAAUGAUAAACGAAAAAACGAGAACCCUGUCAGAUAAAAUCAAGGAAUUAGAGGUUGAAUUAUUUGAUGAUAGUGAUGAAGAGGCAGAUCCUAUUUUUAAAAAUCUAUUAAAUGACUCACCUCAAAUAAGAAUGCCAUCUCUUGAUAAAGAAGUUGAGAAUAUAAAAUAUGAAUUUCUCAUCGAUUCUCCUGCCAUUAAAAAAUUUGCCUCUAAACUACUUCAUCAAUUGAAAACUCAGAAAACGGCUGGUGUUGCCACACCCUGUCACAACGGACCUGCUACUACCAAGAAAAUGUUCACUCCAGGAAACUUCCCUACCACCCCUGUGUUAAAAGAAGCAUCAAUUUGCUCUGAGGAAGCAGCAGCGGGUCCAAGCCACUCAUCUGCCCUCAAUUCAAACCCUAAACCUAUUUUUUGUGAGGAUUCAAAGUCAGAUGACUGGUCACCUAGAGGGGUUUUCAGACUGAAUAGGAGUAUUGCGGAAGACAUAGACAAAGAGGUCAAGCGACUAUCAGAGCAUUAUGCUCCCCCAACUCCUGUAGGUCGCCGACAGUCCUUUUUAACCUUGAUCGAGAGGUACAAAAGAAUAAAAGAAUUGAACGAACCUCUAAACCCACCUUCAUAAAUAAUUUAUUUCUCAAAAUUACUAUUGAUAAAAAAUUAGGUGUCUGCGAAGAUUCGCAUCUUGCGAAACGAAGCGCUAGGUUGGAAGAAGCGAAGAGAAGAUCUCGCGGUAAUUAAAAUUUAAUAGGGGGGAAAAUUUAAUAAAUGUAUCCUUCACAUAAUUCCCGGUGUUCAAUGAAAUUUACCACUGCCGCACGCUCGCUGAUUGUGAGUCGCAACGCCACGAAAUUCCGCGGGUUGCAUUCAUCAUAUUUGAAGGGAUUGUUUUGUCCGCUUCGGUUCGCAGUUGCUUCGCUUUGAAAAACGCCGCUUCACGGACCCCUAUAAAAAACCCUCAGGUUGAUAAUUUGUGAUAUUUACCCCCAAUUUGUGAUAGAGAACAAGGAAAGAGAGAUAUCUUUUAUAAAGCUAACUGCACUAUUAUUAUCAAUAAUUUUAUGUAACAUUUUGUUAAUCUUGGAAUUACCUUCUACCUGGAUUAUUAUAUUAUCAUUAGGAACACAUUUUCAUAUUGUUGAAUAUAAUAUUUUUACACAAUCUGAAAAAAAGGUUUUUCUCAGAAAAAAGAAAUAAUUAUUGGAUAUGUUACAACAUUAUAAUCUGUGAUAACCUGUGUACCUACAAUGUAGAUUUCCUGUCACAUUAAAAUUUUUUGAAGGAUAAUUAGGUAUGUACUGUAUAAUUGUCAUUACAACAAAUAUUCAUUGAUUUUUCUUUGCCUUUCGAAGAAUAUUUUUGUAUCAUCUAUACAAUUUUCUUCCAAAAAUAUUUCAAUAUUUUUUGAUAAUCUAUCGGUAAAAUAAAGAAGUAGCGGAAAUUCGAAAGCAUCACAA